AUGGGAGAGAAGCAGUCGAAGGGGUACUGGCAGGAGGACGAGGAUGCGCCGGCAUGCAACGGAUGUGGCUGCGUUUUUUCCACCACGGUGCGUCGCCACCACUGCCGCAACUGCGGCUACGUCUUAUGUGGUGACUGCUCGCGGCACCGGGCUGCCAUUCCGAUGCGGGGCAUAACGGAGCCAGAGCGCGUCUGUGACGCUUGCUAUCUUGCUCUACGCAACAGCACCAUGGCAGGGAGCUGUCUCAGCAGGGGAAACACGGGGCCCAUCGUCAAUCCAAGUGAAGCGACCAAUCAACCAGCUGCGUGGGUGGCAGGCGGCCCCGCCGGCGGCCCAUCAGUCGACUCGAGAGCGUCGGAUGCAGCCGGUGUCGCAGCUGCAGGGCAGCCAUCGAGUACCGCGCCAGAGCUGACCGAGGAGCAGCGAAAGGCGGAAGAAUACUACCAUAACCUGUACGACGGUGGCGCCGGUGAACAUGGCGACAACGGCACCGCAGGGACUGCCGGCACUCACCAGGGGACGAUCAGCCCGGAGGCGCUGGAGAAGGAACUGCUCAUCCAGCGCUGGAACACGGUGCGGCAGGCGACCGUCUACGUUGACAUUCUCGUGCAGCAGUCGGAGCGCGUGGAACCGGAUACGGCGGUGGAGUACAGUCGUGAGACGGAGGCUCUCACCCUGGAGCCGGAACUACCCAUCAGCCAGCUCGGGACUCGGAUGUUGCCGUUGCCGCCGCCCACCACCGAUAGCGCUCGAUACCUCGUAGAGCCAGUGACGACCAUUGGAAUGCCCAGUACCACACUGGAAAAGGUGGCCGCGGAGCUGAAGCAGCGGCUUGCGACGCGGAUACCUACACACGGAUUAACGCAUGAGUCGGUCGACGACUUUGUCGGCCAUUAG